UUCUGUAAAAGUCUUUUUCUUUCUCAACAAAAACAAUAGAAAAUGUGUUGGUGGAAUAAGACCAAAAUCCCAGUACCCCCAGCCCAGGUGAACAAAAAGUCAACACGCCUGUUUCCUAGAUACUACCUCCUGUGUUUGGUUGUUUGGUACGCGUUCAUGAAAUCAUUUUUUUACUUUUUCAUUCCUAACACCAAUCCUUCAAAAAAAGAAAAACAGAAGCAUGAAAUGGUAGCACGAAAUGAAGUCCAGAGGCUUCUUCCGCAAUCUUAUGAAGCCGUUCACAUCCAAUUCGAGUAGAGACCCAAACGAAGUGGACUUGGAGAAAAUUGCAGCGCAAGAACAAAAGGAGUUCUCUUUUGAAACCCUUGUUGCAUCAACUAACAAUUUUCAUCCCACUCUCAAACUUGGUGAAGGGGGCUUCGGCCCUGUUUACAAGGGAAAAUUGGAUGAUGGGAGAGAAAUAGCGGUGAAGAAACUGUCACAGAGCUCGGCGCAGGGGAAGAAAGAGUUUCAGAGUGAGUCGAAGCUGCUGGCUCGUGUGCAGCACAGAAAUGUCGUAAAUUUGUUUGGAUAUUGUUUACACGGUGCAGAAAAGCUGCUUGUUUAUCAAUAUGUGGCUAACGAGAGCCUUGACAAGCUUCUCUUCAGUUUAGAGUCUGAGAAACGAGAAGUGCUUGAUUGGAAGAGAAGGUACGAAGUGAUAAAGGGGGUUGCUAAAGGUUUGCUUUAUCUACAUGAAGAGGCUCCGUGUCGAAUAAUCCAUCGAGAUAUAAAAGCUAGCAAUAUUCUACUCGAUGAUAAGUGGGUCCCGAAGAUCUCUGAUUUCGGCAUGGCUCGUCUCUUUCCUGAAGAUGCAACGCAUGUUAACACCCGUGCAGCCGGAACCAACGGCUAUAUGGCACCAGAAUAUCUAAUGUAUGGCCAUCUUUCGGAGAAGGCAGACGUAUUCAGCUUUGGGGUUGUCGUUCUUGAGCUGAUUAGCGGUCAGAAAAAUUCAAAAUUUAACCGAGAUCCCGACUCGCGUAACCUGCUCGAGUGGGCGUACAAGCUAUACAAGAAAGAAAGGAGUUUGGAAAUUAUGGAUCCUACGCUGACAUCAUCAGCAGAUGCGGAGCAAAUAGCAAUGUGCAUACAAAUAGGGUUGCUCUGCGUGCAGUCCGAUCCGAAAUCACGGCCAGAAAUGAGUCGUGUGGUUCUUAUAGUGUCAAAGAAGCCGGGCCCACUAGAAGAUCCUAUGAGACCCGGAUAUCCUGGUUCUAGAUACAGAAAGCCACCUCGUCCCACGAUUUCAUCGUCCAAUACAUCUGUCUUAUCGAAUUCGAAUUCAGAGUCGUUUGGUUCGACUAAUGUUACACUAACUGCAAGUACAUCAGGUCUUACGAGUCCCGGAUUAGAUACCCGUGGUAAGGGUUUUAUGGAGUACUAGGAGAUUAUUCUUUCGUUCAUAUACAUACAUACACCUUAGGGUUUUCUUCUUUUUUUUUUUCUUUUUCUUUUUCUUUUAUUAAUUUAACUUGUUAAUAGAUUUUGUUGUCGGAUGAAAAUAUAUGUAUUUAGAGAAAAUUGAAGGUAGAUAAAUGUCUAGUCGAUAAUUAUGUAGACUCGCGUAUUCAGGCGAACGCGAAGACAACUUUUAUAUAGACAACACCAAGUUCACUAAUUUACCUGUUAAUUGUUAGUUAUUUGUUUGUUGAUUUUAGUUGUAAUGAGGAUGUAAUGAUUGUUCAAAUACUUUUUUUUAGAAUAAAUUGAUGAAUGUUACUGGUAUUUAAAUUUAAGGAAAUUUAUACCUCAUUUA